AUGGGCACCUUGGUUGGCGUGCUUGUUCCGGUCGCGCGCGGCAUGGGACACCUAGACUUUCGACCCGCGCCCGACAUGACCGCAACCAUCUCAGCAGACAAUACAGCGGUCUCGAAGGGAGAUACCGUCACGCUCACCGUGACUCAUCUGAACGGAGGGGGAUCGGAAGCGGGGGCCGUGGUGGUCGACAUCGAACUGCCGAACGAGCUUAAAGUCACGAGCGUAGUGCCGGGGACUCCCGCAUGCAGCCAGGCGGGCAAGCUUGAACGGUUCGCGAGUCAGGAGGUGGGAGAGAUAACCGGCGAAUGGGGCGGCAUAAUGAAGUGCCUCCUUGGUACGCGGAAGAUGGGAGCUCAGGGAUCGGUCAUCAUCGAGGUUGAAGUCGGCGAGGUGACCGACGGCGCCAGUCUCGACAUCGACGUUUGGCUCUCGACGUAUCAGACGGACAACGUCGCGAAAGACGAAGACGUCUGGGCCAACAACUGCAUGUCGCUGCAGUUGGUCGCAGGAUCGAGUGCAGGAUCUUCGACAGGCAGGACGCUAGAAUGCAAUUCAUUGGCAUUCAUUUCUCGCAGCAUUGAAGUAGAGACAAUAGAGGAGGCAUUCACCCCCGGUGAGCCACUCACUCUUGUCGUUACUCACGAGAACGUCGGAGGUCUUGAUGCUGAGGAGGUGGCAAUAGACAUUUGGCUGCCGAACGAGCUUACCGCAGGAAAACUCCUGCAGUUUGUUGACGAGAGGGCCCUUACCGGGGAUCCAACGUGCAGUCACCCAAAUCAGCUUGAAGAGUUUGCGAGCGAAGGGAAGGGCAGGAUAACCGACACGCCGGGUGGCGCCUUGACCUGCAUCGUAGGAUCGCGCACGAUCGGGGCCCAGGCGGAGAUCGAAAUUCAAGCCGACGUCGCGAAUGUUGUGAGCGGUUCAACCAUCAACGUCAAUGUCUGCGCCAGGAGGGAGUUGGAUGCCAGAGCCGCAACCAGCGACUGCAGGAUGCUGGCGGUGCCGGUGAAAGAGUCGUCUUAG